UCAGAGGUGAAGUUCCCAGUCAUUUUCUUCAGUUCUCCAGAACUUUCCAGAAAAAGACUUGUAGCAAAAUGAAUAAUCCGGCCAUCAAGAGGAUAGGAAAUCACAUUAUCAAAUCUCCUGAGGACAAGCGAGAAUACCGUGGGCUAGAGCUGGCCAAUGGCAUCAAAGUACUUCUAGUGAGUGAUCCCACCACGGAUAAGUCAUCAGCAGCGCUGGACGUACACAUAGGUUCAUUAUCAGAUCCUCCAAAUAUUGCUGGUUUAAGUCAUUUUUGUGAACAUAUGCUUUUUUUGGGAACAAAGAAAUACCCUAAAGAAAAUGAAUACAGCCAGUUUCUCAGUGAGCAUGCAGGAAGUUCAAAUGCCUUUACUAGUGGAGAACAUACCAAUUACUAUUUUGAUGUCUCCCAUGAACACCUAGAAGGUGCCCUCGACAGGUUUGCACAGUUUUUCCUGUGCCCCUUGUUUGAUGAGAGUUGCAAAGACAGAGAGGUGAACGCAGUGGAUUCGGAACAUGAGAAGAAUGUGAUGAAUGAUGCUUGGAGACUCUUUCAGUUGGAGAAAGCUACAGGAAAUCCCAAGCACCCCUUCAGUAAAUUUGGGACAGGUAACAAAUAUACUCUGGAGACUAGACCAAACCAGGAAGGCAUUGAUGUAAGACAAGAGCUGCUGAAAUUCCAUUCUACUUAUUAUUCAUCCAAUUUGAUGGCUAUUUGUGUUUUGGGUCGAGAAUCUUUAGACGAUUUGACUAAUCUGGUGGUAAAGUUAUUUUCUGAAGUAGAGAACAAAAAUGUCCCAUUGCCAGAAUUUCCUGAACACCCUUUCCAAGAAGAACAUCUUAGACAACUUUACAAAAUAGUACCUAUUAAGGAUAUUAGAAAUCUUUAUGUGACGUUUCCCAUACCUGACCUUCAGAAAUACUACAAAUCAAAUCCUGGUCAUUAUCUUGGUCAUCUCAUUGGGCAUGAAGGUCCUGGAAGUCUGUUAUCAGAACUUAAAUCUAAGGGCUGGGUAAAUACUCUCGUUGGCGGGCAGAAAGAAGGAGCCCGAGGUUUUAUGUUUUUUAUCAUUAAUGUGGACUUGACUGAGGAAGGAUUAUUACAUGUUGAAGAUAUAAUUUUGCACAUGUUUCAAUACAUUCAGAAGUUACGUGCAGAAGGACCUCAAGAAUGGGUUUUCCAAGAGUGCAAGGACUUGAAUGCUGUUGCUUUUAGGUUUAAAGAUAAAGAGAGACCACGGGGCUAUACAUCUAAGAUUGCAGGAAUACUGCAUUAUUAUCCCCUAGAAGAAGUACUUACAGCUGAAUAUUUACUGGAGGAAUUUAGACCUGACUUAAUAGAGAUGGUUCUCGAUAAACUCAGACCAGAAAAUGUCCGGGUUGCCAUAGUUUCCAAAUCUUUUGAAGGAAAAACUGAUCGCACAGAAGAGUGGUAUGGAACCCAGUACAAACAAGAAGCCAUCUCAGAUGAAGUCAUCAAGAAAUGGCAGAAUGCUGACCUGAAUGGGAAAUUUAAGCUUCCAACAAAGAAUGAAUUUAUUCCUACAAAUUUUGAGAUUUUGACAUUGGAAAAAGAUGCGACUCCAUACCCUGCUCUUAUUAAGGAUACAGCUAUGAGCAAACUCUGGUUCAAACAAGAUGAUAAGUUUUUCUUGCCGAAGGCUUGUCUCAACUUUGAAUUUUUCAGCCCAUUUGCUUAUGUGGACCCCUUGCACUGUAACAUGGCCUAUUUGUACCUUGAGCUCCUCAAAGACUCCCUCAACGAGUAUGCAUAUGCAGCAGAGCUAGCAGACUUGAGCUAUGAUCUCCAAAAUACCAUCUAUGGGAUGUAUCUUUCGGUGAAAGGUUACAAUGACAAGCAGCCAAUUUUGCUAAAGAAGAUUAUUGAGAAAAUGGCUACCUUUGAGAUUGAUGAAAAAAGAUUUGAAAUUAUCAAAGAAGCAUACAUGCGAUCUCUGAACAACUUCCGGGCGGAGCAGCCGCACCAGCACGCCAUGUACUAUCUCCGCCUGCUGAUGACAGAAGUGGCCUGGACCAAGCAUGAGCUGAAAGAAGCCCUGGAUGAUGUCACCCUUCCUCGCCUUAAGGCCUUCAUACCUCAGCUCCUGUCGCGGCUGCACAUUGAAGCCCUUCUCCACGGAAACAUUACAAAGCAGGCUGCACUAGGAGUUAUGCAGAUGGUUGAAGAUACCCUUAUUGAACAUGCUCAUACCAAGCCUCUCCUUCCAAGUCAACUGGUUCGGUAUAGAGAAGUUCAGCUCCCUGACAGAGGAUGGUUUGUUUAUCAGCAGAGGAAUGAAGUUCACAAUAACUGUGGCAUCGAGAUAUACUACCAAACAGACAUGCAGAGCACCUCAGAGAAUAUGUUUCUGGAACUCUUCUGCCAGAUUAUCUCCGAGCCUUGCUUCAACACCCUGCGCACCAAGGAGCAGUUGGGCUAUAUCGUCUUCAGUGGGCCACGUCGAGCCAAUGGCAUACAGGGCUUACGGUUCAUCAUCCAAUCAGAAAAGCCACCUCACUACCUAGAAAGCAGAGUGGAAGCUUUCUUAAUUACCAUGGAAAAGUCCAUAGAGGACAUGACAGAAGAGGCCUUCCAAAAACACAUUCAGGCAUUAGCAAUUCGUCGACUAGACAAACCAAAGAAACUGUCUGCUGAGUGUGCUAAAUACUGGGGAGAAAUCAUCUCCCAGCAGUACAAUUUUGACAGAGAUAAUACGGAAGUUGCAUAUUUAAAGACACUUACCAAGGAAGAUAUCAUCAGAUUCUACAAGGAAAUGUUGGCAGUAGACGCCCCAAGGAGACAUAAGGUGUCGGUUCAUGUUCUUGCCAGGGAAAUGGAUUCUUGUCCUGUUGUUGGAGAGUUCCCGUGUCAAAACGAUAUAAAUUUGUCACAAGCACCAGCCUUGCCACAACCUGAAGUGAUUCAGAACAUGACCGAAUUCAAGCGUGGUCUGCCGCUGUUUCCCCUCGUAAAACCGCACAUUAACUUCAUGGCUGCAAAACUCUGAAGAUGCCCCGGUGGGAAGUGCGCGUGGAUGCGUUCCUGAGUCUUCCAGGGCCUAGGAAAGUGCUCUCGGCCACUUUAAUUGCUCCCGAUUCACUGUUAGAGAGACAUCCAGAAAAAAAGAAGUUGACAGGUGUCAUUAUGUAGAAAUAUUAAAAAUCCAAAGUAAAUAAAUUACAAAAAUCUUAUAGAUGUAGAAUAUUUUAAAAAUACAUGCCUCUUAAAUAUUUUAAAAUGUUUCUUUUCAUUACUAAGAGAAAUAUCCCUUAUAUAACAGUACAUAAAGCGAUAAAUGAUAUUCCUAUAGAAUCUUCUUCCCUGUUCUGUAAAAUAGUCACUUGUCUGAAGAAAAUAAAAGUUAGCUUUUUUCUAAAAGCCUCCUAGGUUGGCAUAGAGGGCUUUAUAACAUUUAGAGAGGUCAUACCUUUUUAAAACUUGAUCCUCAGAUUUGCUUUCUACUUGAUGGUUUCAUGUAAAUCAAUGGAGAACAUUACAUUUGGCAAACAAUGAACAAAAGCAAUGUAAUUUUCUUUUAUUAGUGAAAUUGCUGAUUAUAUAAGGCAUGGUUUUAAUCUUUUUAUAAAAUUUGAACAUGUUUUUUAUUCCAACUAGUGAAACACUAGAAAACCUAGAACACCCUACUUAUUUACAGUGCUAGAAAUACAGAUUUACCUUACAUCAAUUUUGUCGUAAACUGAAUUUCUCAGGAUUCUUGUGGUUUCAUUCUGAUGGAAUUAUAUUGACAUUCUUGUUGUUCAUAGUUGGUUUGCAGUGUUUCAUCAGUUUUACUUUUUCUCAUCCACAUGUGGCUGUACUUAUUUAACAAGUACAAAUAGGGUCAACUUCAGAUCCUGCUGAGUGUGUGACAUGCUUUUCCAACAUCAGCUGUGUAAGCACCUGUAACUUUUUGCUAGGGUGAAACCGCAGUCAGUAUGCGAACCAAAAUAUUUUGCCCACUUACGAAUUUAAAAGGGAACAAAUACAAAGCCACCUUUUUGGAGGUAUGAAAAAUAAAGCCUUGCAUUCUUAAAUAGCAAGUCUCCGUAAGACUCUGAUGUCCCUUGUUGCUACCAGUCUAAUCUUGCCUUAAGUGUUAAGUUAUUUUUUGACUAUAUAGAUAUAAACAUAUAAACACGGAUGAUGACUGGAGUGGACUUUUAAAAAAUAUUUUUUUCAUGAGAUACUAUUUUAUGUGAAACUCUAACUGUAGAUUUAACAGCUGUUUUAAAAUAUUUACUGUUAUUAAAACUUGCUUCCAGAGAAAUUAUGAAUAUAUUUCCACAUACAGGCACUAGUAACAGUAAGUGGCCCCAUUGUCCCCUAACUCAGGCACAAUAAGGAAUGGCUUUUUCGGAUGACACUUUACCUCCCUGUAGGAUUUGGUUUGCCAGGACAUUUUUCUGUAGAACCAUGUCUUCACAUUUUAAGUUUUUACAUUUGCCAUUUUCCAAAUAAUCUCAACUUGGGGCAAGAACAAUCUAGUCACAACUCUGGGGGCUGCUUCCAAAGCGGGGCUCCCUCCCAACCGUCAGAUCAGUGUGGUGCUUUUACCGUCUUUCUGUCCCUACCUUCAAGACCUCCUUGUAUGAAGCCUGUCUUUGUCCACCGGAAGGUCCUGAGUGCUCACUUCCUUCUGGUCUUAUGCAUUCGUAGACUAUGCAGCUUUUCAUCAAACUGCAGAAACUUGCAGGACAGAUCUCAGAUGAGCCUGAGUGUCUAGAUCCACCGCUGUUUGAGAAAAUAAGAAUCCACCUAGGUUUUUGUGGAAAAUUACGUGCUAUUGAGUGACUUCUUGCUCUUUUUUGAAAAGGAGUGACAUUUAAAAGUGUCAUUUUCACAAGAAGGGCACGUGGAGAGAUCUGACAGCAAUCUCCUGUGGGCUUCCCUGAGCCUCGAUUACUGUUCUGUGUUCUGGCCUCCUCCGGCCUCCACAUAGCCCUGGAGCCGCUGUGGAUCACUCAGGCAUACUCCCAGAUCCAUGUAGAUGGGUCUGAGCUGCAGUCCUUGAGCAAUAACAGACUACCCCCAGAACUGCCCUUUCCUCAGUGCUUGGGCAUUGAGAUUUGUGAAACCAAGUCACGGGUUACCUGGGACUUCUUUACAGAGUCUCUUUGGCUAGUUGAUGUGAGCGAGGGAGCAUGUGACACAGCCAGUAUGGUGGAGUGCUAGGGUUAUCCUGUUUACAAUAAAUCGCCUGAAUUUAACCUCU